CUCAGCAAUUUUCCAAAUCUGACCAUUCUGGACAUUUCUUGCAACAGACUAUCCGACUCAAGUCUUUUUGGCUCACAUCCGGACUUCAUUCACCAGCUUGGGCUUACUGACGCAUAUCUCCGUCUCAGUUCUCCACCAAAACCACCACCUCUGCAGGGUUUAAAAAAUCUCCGGUUCCUUGACUUGUCAGGGAACCCCAAUCUGUGCGUCUUCUCUUCACGUGGUUUCAAGUCGACUGAUAAACAAACUCCAAGAGACUGCAUCCUGCCCAGCAGAAUAGAAGAGCUUUUGGUAGCGGACUGCAGUAUUACGCACCUGCGGACUUUCCAGUGUCUCCGAAGUCUGCAAAAAAUUGACCUAAGUGGCAACAAAAUAAUCGAUCUGAGAGAGUUGGGGAAUCUCAAGAGCGCUAGGUUUCUUUCGAAAAUCAAUUUAAAGGAGAACCCGGUUUGCGGCCAGGAGAACUAUCGAUUGCACGUCAUCUUGCAACUGCCUCAAUUGGCCCUCCUGGAUGAUGAGGCCAUCACGGAGCAGGAAAAGCAUUUCAACGCUUAA